CAGUAGGCAACACAAGGAAUCACCGCGCGCGCGACGUCGACGGUAGCAACCGUUUCUUCAAAAUGAUAGUUCCUUCGAAUUCGCGCGCUCAGUUUCAAGUGGACUACUGAACCGAUAAGACAGACAACCCGGUAUACCCAAGAAGACACCGUUGUCGUCGUCCGUCGUUGGUCACCGCGCGAGAGAUAAUCUUCUUCUACGGCCAUAACGGAGCUUGUCGGCCUUAUACCGAAAAGGUACCCGAUAUCGGGUUGGAGGCUCUUAUCAGUUCAAUUACGUUUAUCAAUUUAUUGGCGUAGACAUCGUUCCGGCUUCGGGUGGUGGUGGUACCACGCGAAACCAAUCUUCGCUCAGAUAUCGGAGAAUCGCAGCUACGUGAGAUGUUCGGAUAGAGAUUUUCGGCGAAGAAGAAAGGGUCCCAAACGGUAGCAACACGUAAUCCAGCUACCGUACUAAAUCAGUACCUACUAAGUUGCUCUUUCGAAGAAGCAGCGUUUAAUUUCGCUGAUCUUGCAAAGAGAACGGAUACGGGUGGAUUUAGGUUUCGUCAUAGCAGGCGGUGAUUAAUUUUGCGUCGCAUCGCUGCUGCCGUUGUUCGUAAAGUAGGCUCCGCUGCGCGGUUUAGACCUCACACUCACUUGGAUGGUAUUUAUUGAUUGGUGGUUCAAGGAAUGUAGUUCUGUUAUUCGGAGUGUCUCAAAGGAGCAGUCCGCAGAAAUUUCAAGUGUUCGCGUGAAAUCGAGUGGAGUGUGUCGUAUGAGUAACGCAGUCUCGUAGAUAGCCAAAUAAAUCAAAGUGCUAAUUCCCGAAAGGAACCGGUAUUUUACAUCGAAAACGUCGAUAACGUUGAAGCUGCGAAGACCAACGUGUGUUUGAGUGUCUCACAAGAUCAUCCAUCUACUAUCAAAAGUGUGACCACCACGACAAAGUGUCCGAUGUGCUAAGUGAUUGAACCGAUUGUUUUGUGUUGAUCGGUAACAGUUGGAAGGUGCUAAAUUUUGAACCGCGUCACCAUAGUUCAUGUGUCGUCCCACAAUUGAUAAAUUCUACACUUCAGUCAAAACGUUGUGAUCCUGUGAAGUCGUUGCACCGAAGAAAGGUGAAGCACGGAAGUGAUAGUUCUCUCUGGGGUGGUAAACGUGUACAAAACAACAACGAUGAAGGUCAACCUGCGAGUCGUGCUGUCUGUGCUGGUCUUUGUUGCGACGAAAUCCGAAUUCACCAACGGCACUCCGGUAGAUCUUGCCGACAAAGCCAACAAAGGUUCGUCGUCCGAGCUGGCGAAAGGCUCAGAAUCAGCUGCAAAUCCAAAGGUGCCACCGUUAAUCUUCCCCAAGGAUAGUAGUGUGUACAAAGUCGUAGAAAAUGACACCGCUCUGAAGAUUCUGCAGGCUCGAGCGGCUGCUGAGAAGAACAAUCCCACGGAUGGAGAAAGCGGCACCGCCGAUGAUAAGGGUCAAAACGUGCAACAGAGUCAACCGCCGGCAAAGGUUGGAGGCACGAUCGGCAGCAGCAGCAGUAGCAAUGAUGAGUCAAUCGCGGCGCCGUCCAACGGUAACCAGACCCUAUCGUCACCGUCGUCGGUCGAUAAAGGUGAUAAAGGUGGUAAGGGCGGUGCGGUAGAUGACGACGCCGAUGAUGACGAUGACUACAACAGCGAAGAUGACGACGAUCUGGACAGUACGGAAAGCCAGGAGGAUGAUACCGACAACGCGGCGGAAGAAUUCCAGUCGGAGGAUCCCAAUCGGGAAGAUGGACUGGAGGAACAGUUUGGAGAUAAAAUCGUUCACUAUCCGCUGAUAUUCGACAACACGACCAUUGAGGUGUCGUCCAUGCGACAGGAACACAUAUGGAUCAUCAUGUUGGGGGCAGUUUUUGUGCUGGCACUGGCCGCCUACAUUGCCAUGGUGCUCUACCGGAAUCGACUAGAAAAUCGAUAUGGAAUGCGACAGCGUUUGGUCACGGAGGACGAUUACUACUCAAACAAUGAGAUUUAAAACUCAUCACUCAAAGUAAAACUAGGAUAAACGCAGAGUUUUCACACUUGAGCAAUAGGACGAAAUACAAUCAACUCAAGCAAACAGUUCCCAGCAAACCAUAACUCAAUUAGACAACAUGAAGAAGAAUAGCAAUAACCAAUAGAUAUCAAACCCCAACAAGAUUAAAUAGUGUAGUUUGAAAACGAGUGCCAUUCUGAUCGAGAACAACAAUUGUAAGUAUAACUGUGUCGCUUUUAUACUAGAUAUUUGUAAACUUGACCGCCAUUUUUUGAUUGAUUAAUUUUACUGCCGUGUACACCAUGUUUGUUCCAUGGCUGUUAGAAUUUCUUUAUUCUAUGAGAUGGAACAAUAGAAGCUUGCAAGCUCAUGUACACGGCAUUUUUUUCUACUGAUAGCUGCGACAUAAAUCCAAGUAGUAAAAACGUGACAACAAGAGCCAUCAAAAGUCAAAAGUAGAUAAUAAAACAUCUGUUAGCAUAAAAGUUGUAAUAAUGACUGUGAUAUUAAGUGAUUUGUUUAAUAA